UUGUUAGAGAAUCUCUGAAAGGAAAAGCGACAGGAAUCUACAGAUAUGGAAUGAACUCAUGCAUAAUGUGUCUGUUAGCAUUUAGAGCUGUGUGACCCAUUGAGCGCAGGAAGGCGAUGCAACACAUAUGGUAACUGUCACCAACCACAGAAGACUUCUAAAAAGUUUGGAAAAAGUUUUUCCUCUGCUGAUCAGAGAAAAGUUUUGUGACUUCUUUUGUGUACAGUCCCUGGGCAGGCUGUCUCAGAUCAUUAACCGCACAGAGCCUUUGGGAUGAUGGGUUAGUAGGGAGUGCUGGGACUAUAUAGUCAUGAAGAGCAUAGAGGAGAGGACAGGAAGCUCUGGACUGCUGGAGGUUCUACAUUGACCUUUGCGGAGUGCGGGCGCCUCAGCUGCUCAACAUCAGGAUGGCUUUACCUUGUCACAGCUGGCUGUCCAAUGAAGGAUUAAAGCACCUCUUUCUGUUUUCCUGGCUUUCUCUCAACGCCUGGCUGUUUUGGAAAACUUUCACGCUGUACUACAGUAGCCCGCAGUACUAUUACUUGCACCAGAUGCUGGGGUUAGGAUUGUGCAUAAGCAGGGCUUCCGCCUGUGUCCUCAACUUGAACUGCAGUUUAGUCCUGUUGCCCAUGUGCCGAACGCUGCUGGCAGCACUACGUGGUAAGAGAAAGGUUGUAAGUCGAAAAACGAGAAGAUUGCUGGACAAAUACAAAUCAUUUCAUGCUGCUUGUGGCAUUGCAAUUUGUGUUUUUACAGCCAUACAUGUUGGAGCUCAUGUAAUUAAUGCUGUCAACUUUUCUACGAACUACAACAGUGAAUACACUGCACUUAACGUGGCACGGUACAAAAAUGAGGAUCCUAGGAAUAUUAUCUUCACUACUGUUCCUGGAGUGACUGGAUUCUUAAUGGUUCUAAUUUUAUUCCUCAUGUCCACUGCUUCCACAGCACCUAUAAGAACUUCAAACUAUGAUAUCUUCCUGCACACGCACAACCUCUUCUUUAUUUUCUACCUGCUGCUGCUGGUCCAUGCCUCUGGACGAGUGCUAAAGUAUCAGACUAAUGUACAAGAUCACCCUCCUGGCUGCCUCAGGCUGAAUGUGAGCACAGUGGAGGAUUAUGGGUCGGUGACUGGAGUCAAUGUAGGAGUGCCACUGAACAUUGUAUCAGAAAUCACCUCAGGACUCUUCCACGCACAUGAAGAGCUUUUAAUUAACAACACAAUGAAGAUAUGCACCAAAGAACCAACAUUUCACCCCCAUUUCCCUCAGACCUGGAUGUGGAUUUCAGCUCCCCUGUGCUUGUACUGCACUGAGAGGUUAUACAGAUAUUUCCGCAGCACGAAACCUGUGAGCAUCACUUCCGUCACUCUUCAUCCAUGUGACGUCAUUGAAAUAAGGAUGAUAAAAGAAAACUUUACAGCCAGACCCGGUCAAUACGUCGUUCUGCAUUGUCCCAAAGUGUCAGCGCUGGAGAAUCAUCCGUUCACGCUGACAAUGUGCCCUACAGAGACCAAAGCAACCUUUGCUGUUCACAUGAAGGUAGUGGGAGACUGGACAGAAAGAUUGUGUAGCCUGCUGACAUCACAGUGCAGUCAAGGUUCAGAAAUUCUUCCAAUUUUCCAGCAGAGAAAAAACCCAAAAGUUUACAUUGAUGGUCCCUUUGGAAGCCCUUCAGAAGAAGCCUUGAACUAUGAGGUCAGUCUCUGUGUCGCUGGAGGCAUCGGUGUCACUCCAUUUGCAUCAAUACUUAACCAGUUACUAGACAGCUGGAGGGAAUACAAGCUGCAAAGACUUUAUUUUAUCUGGAUAUGCAGAGACGUCCAGGCUUUCCUGUGGUUCGCUGAUUUACUGUGUGCGCUACACAAAAAGCUUUGGCAAGAAAACCGUCCUGACUACAUGAACAUCCAUCUGCACCUCAGCGAGACGGAAGGGAUGCAGAAAAUAAUUGGUGAAAAAUACCAGGCUUUGAACUCCCGUCUUAUUACCGGACGCCCGCGCUGGAAACUUUUGUUUGAUGAGAUAGCCAAAUCUAACAGACAGAAAUCGGUGGGAGUGUUUUGCUGCGGCCCAAAGGGACUCUCCAAAGAUCUUCACAAAAUGUGCAAUCGUCCUAACCGUUAUGGAACGCGGUUUGAAUACAACAAAGAGUCCUUCAGUUGAGAUUAAAUACACGGCAGGGGAGACCAAGUGCAAUUAACACGAACCAAAGAACCUUAAUCAAUAGAGUGACGCAAAUCACUACGAUUGACUCUUAUCCACGUUGCAGCUAUUUAAUUAAUGAAGGGAUUACUGCUUACAAAACAAUGUUAAUUGUGGCUUGUUCUAUGCACUGUAUUUUUCUAACAAAAUACUUGACAUCCAUUGAGAAAAAGACCCCAUUUUACUGAAAUAUCUCAUGAAAAUGCAGUCAACCGAAAGGGCAUUCUGUAGAUUUCAAUGGCACUUUUUAUGUAUGCUUUCUAUUGAUAGGGAAAGGGAAGGGAGAAUUACUAAUUAUCUUUUUAUGCAAACCUAUUUAAAUAUUUACUUUUGUUCUAUGCAAUCGCUUCAGUAUUUUUGCAGUGGUGCUUAUAAUGUGACUAAAUGGUCAUUUGCAGUUUUGACCAGCGGAUUUGGCAUCGACUUGCUCUGGUGGGCAGCAUGAUUCACAUCCUCAUUUUUAUAUUCUACACAGAUGGAGUAUAGAGGAAAUAAUUGUAUGGAAAGUCUAUUUGUCGGGAGAGACAGCUAAAUAAAUUAAUAUCUAUCAGUGGAUUACAAUUUGUUUUAAUAAGUUUAUAGAUUUGGUAUGAGAUCUAAAUGAUCAUGCACAUAUCAUUCAGAUACCUUAGGUGCCACUCUUAUCUUGGAUACAGUUGAACAGACUGGUUAUGCUAAAGGGGUUGUGACAAUCUGAUUGCACAAUUUAGCUAGCUUGUAAUCUUAAAAACCGUAUGCCUCGUACACAUGACCGUUUUUCUCGGCAGGAAAAAAACUAAGGGCCAGAUCCACGUAGCCU